AUGCGUGGCUUGCACGAGGACAAUUUCACCAGCGCCAGCGUGCGUGUCCUCUUGACCGCUACCGCUUCCAUCUUCUUCUCGGCCGCUUGCUUUCUCUCAUUCACAGGCUCCUUCCGAAGGAGAACGUUGGUCGACCACCCUCGCGAGUUUGUGCCACCACCAGCAUACGACAAGUGGCAUUGGCAGGAGGCCGACGGCAGCGUAUGCGCUAACGGAAGCCCGACUGGCUUCGGGUACAGCAUACAUCCUAACGCCACCGAACUUGUGUUCUACAUUGAGGGAGGAGGAGGCUGCUGGGACCAUCAGGGUUGCUUUAUCAAACCCAUCGCGGCGCAUCUCACGGGGUACAACAGCACCGACUUCUUCUCGCGCACCAGGGGCUUCCUCGACGACGCAUUGCUCCUCUCUUCGCGCGAUCCUAAGCGAAAGAACCCAUGGGCCAAAGCCAAUUACAUCUUUGUUCCCUACUGCACCGCCGACUUCCACGCAGGCAACAAUGUCGUGACCUACGAAGGCGCCCCCGCGCCCAUCCAUCACAAGGGCUUGAACAACAUGCAGAACAUGCUCCGAUUUGCGUCCAGUGCUAUGCCGAAUGUCAAGGACGUCUGGAUCAGCGGCACUAGCGCCGGCUGCUACGGUGCUACACUCAACUACAUCCCCACCAAGAAGGCUUUCCCACAGGCACGGGUGCAUCUGAUCGGCGACUCGUGCGAGGCUCCGACCGGCUGGCUAAACACCAAGCCCAGCUGGAAACUAUACCAGCCUUCCCAGUCGGAUUGCCCGCACUGCGUCAAGGACGAUUUCAACUCGUUCCUCCCCGGAUACUCGCUCGGCAAUCCUUCGAGCCGAUUUGCGUCUGUCUCGUUCCAGUCCGACACCGUUCUGACCGGGUACAUGCACACCACGUUUGAUGCUCUUCACAAGAUCAUUGAUGGCUACUUUGCCAACAUCACACACACCCGGACCAACCAGGCCAAGACUUUCACAGUUCCAGGCAAAGAUCACUGCGUCCUUUUCAAAAAGGAUCCUGUUUCGGUAACCAACGUUACCCUCUCUAGCUUUUUGACCACCAUGAGCGAUUUGGAUUCUACUUUCUCUUCGGUCUGA